CCCAGGCUCACAUCCGAUCCCGAUCUAUCUAACUCGCAUCCCAGUUAGGCGUACAUCCGCUUUGCCCUGCUCCCCGUCCCCUAGCUUGUGGAUAAGCGCCGUUAAGUCAUCCAUGGCCAGCUGCGAAAUCGGCCAUUUCUCAUCUGGAUAGACGGCAUCGCCACUAAUCGCUGCCCAAGCUGCAACCUAUCAAUUAAACCCGGCACUGCUCGCAUAUAUACGAUUAUUCCUAUCAGUCUGAUAACACGCUAUCCCGCACGCUGGCCACUGACCGCUGCUGUACAGUGUACACCGCCCGCUUGGUUGCAUUUCUUCACUUUGACAUUCAGAGCACUGGACAGACAAUCACACACUCAUCCUCCUGCUCAUCCUCAUCGCGUCGCGCACUGAUUCCCGCUUAGCUUCCCCCACUUGCCAGCUGUCCCGCUUCCGCGUCGCGCGUCGUCCUUAUCCAUCGUUUGGGGAAGUUUGUCAGCUCCGCGCGAUGAGUGGAUGGUGUAUUUGUGUUUUUUUUCUCCAGCAUCAUCUUGACGGUGAAUCCGCGGAUGAGGAUUGAUAGGGCAUGUAAUCCAUGAUCUAACAACAACGCCGGCUCGGAGGCUACUUGGAUCGAUACACAUAUAUAUGCGGCGCUGCCACAUAAUUCGCACGGCCCUGGCUAAUAUGAUUGCCAGAUCAUUACGCGUCGGGCCAGAUGACAUUGUGGAUAAUUAAUUUGUCCGUGCCGCGGUCUCCCGUGUUGGUUUAGCAUUGCGCCGACGACGGAUGCGUCAUUGCGGCGAUUCAGCCGCGGCCACGCGGAAUCCUAAUACAAUAUUAUCACGCCUGAAUGCGCCGUGAUAAUUAAUCUUUGACGCGCUGCGGUUUCCACAGACAAUCAAUCUAACUGCAUUCUCUCUUCGUGUUCACUAUAUCUUCCGGCAAUCAACGCCAAUAAUAAUAAUAGUAAUAAUAAUAAUAAUAAUAAUAAUAAUUCUGUCUGGAGACCAAACGCUACUUGCAACGUUGCCCUUUUUUACUACUUCAAGUGAUCUCUUCUUCGGAAAAUAAUUAUCCCGGUUAAUCAGCAUCGAUUGGAUGUGCAUAGUGUGCGUGUGAGCCAUGUGGAUGCAGCCGGUGUGGGCGCUGCAGGUGCAGUUGACCUUUGUCACGCUGUGCGUGCUGCUGGUACUGUCCACGCAGCUGCAGCCGGGCAAGUGCCAGAACCGGCGCCAGUUGACCUGUCCGCGGCAACUGCUCAACACGCCCUGCACGUGUCGCCGUCUGCUGGACGAUGCUGCCGAGGGACUGGAGGUGGUCUGCGAGAACGCCGAUGUCGACCAGAUCGGUGUCCUGCUGCAUAAGAUCCCCAAGGAAACCCCUAUCAAGUACAUGCGCCUGCGCGGCAACCAAAUGGUGCAGAUCCCCCGGCUGCGCUUCGAGCACCUGCACAUCCAGCAUCUGUUCAUCACGCGCUGCAACGUGCAGAUGAUCGACGACAUGGCCUUCUUCAACCUGGAGAGCCACCUGCACAGUCUGGACCUCUCCGGCAACCUGCUCACCGCCGUCCCCACCGAGGCCCUCCGCCGGCUGCACGCCCUGCGCGUCCUCCACCUGGCCCACAACCUCCUCACCGGCCUGCACGUUAGCGGCUUCGCCGGCCUCGGCCAACUCCACACCUUGACCCUGGACCACAACGAUAUCGACCAGGUUCAUCUGUUCGCCUUCAACGGAUCGGAUAAUUUAACAAAGAUCACGCUGGGUCACAACCGUAUCCGGACGUUACCGGCGCGGUUGCUGGCCACCCUGGGGCGGCUGGAGGAGUUGCAGUUGCAGCAUAAUCAACUGGAAACGCUGCCGGAGGAGUUUUUCCACGGGGUCACCGGGUCACUGACGCGGCUAGAUUUGGGGCAUAAUGUGUUCCGGCGGGUGCCGGGCCCGGUGGCGCAGUUGUAUAAUCUGGAGGUGCUGUUGAUGAAUCAUAACUGUCUGGAGGAUGUCGCCGGAGAUGCCUUCACGCCGGCGCUCACCAGCAAACUGCAACUUUUGGACGUGUCGAGCAAUAAUAUCUCGCGGAUCCCGGUGGAAGCGUUGUGGACAGCGGAGAAUCUGGCGCAGCUGAAUAUGCGCAACAACUCGUUGACGGAGCUGCCGGACCACGCCUUCGCCAAGGCGCACCAGCUGGAGUUCCUGUACCUGCAGGAGAACCAGAUCAGCAACGUCUCCGUCAAAGCGCUGCACGGCCUGCACCGGCUGGAAUGGCUCUACCUCGCCCGCAACAACCUCUCCGCCCUCCACGAGGCCACUUUCAAGCCGGUCAAGUCCAGCCUCAAAAUCCUCGAUAUACACGACAAUCCGCUACGCUGCGACUGCCAGCUGAAAUGGCUGACGCAGGCCGACUGGCCGCUGCGGCUGUCGCACGAGGAGGACAGCAAGUGCCGCGAGCCGGCGGAAGCCUUCGGCUGGCCGCUGACCCGCCCGGCCAACUACCCGCCGCUGUGCCACCGCCCCACGCCCCGCCCCACGCCGCUGGCCCUCAACGGCAACGGCGCCCGGCCAGCCGCCCGCGGGCCGCAUCCUGCAUUUACCAUCGACGUGUGCGUGCAGUAUUCUUUCCUGUCUUUUCUACUGUUUUAUUAUUCCACCACCGCCCACCGGAUGGCGGUAUAAUUGAAUAAAUGUUGAUUGUCUUGUCAGUGGAAAAAUGAAAGUUUUUUUUUCUUGCGGUGGACGGUGUUGGAAUGUGUGGUUGUUGUAACAGACCAAAUUACAGAUACUAACGAAAUUAAAA